UGUGCAAGAACAACAGUAAUGACCGUCAACACAAGAACAACAGUAAUGGUCGUCAACACAAGAACAACAGUAAUGACCGUCAACACAAGAACAACAGUAAUGGUCGUCAACACAAGAACAACAGUAAUGUCAGCCAACACAAGAACAACAGUAAUGACCGUCAACACAAGAACAACAGUAAUGACCACCAACACAAGAACAACAGUAAUGACCGUCAACACAAGAACAACAGUAAUGGCCGCCAACACAAGAACAACAGUAAUGACCGUCAACACAAGAACAACAGUAAUGGCCACCAACACAAGAACAACAGUAAUGGUCGUCAACACAAGAACAACAGUAAUGGCCACCAACACAAGAACAACAGUAAUGGUCGUCAACACAAGAACAACAGUAAUGGUCGUCAACACAAGAACAACAGUAAUGGCCACCAACACAAGAACAACAGUAAUGACCACCAACACAAGAACAACAGUAAUGGUCGUCAACACAAGAACAACAGUAAUGUCAGCCAACACAAGAACAACAGUAAUGGCCACCAACACAAGAACAACAGUAAUGACCACCAACACAAGAACAACAGUAACGGCCACCAACACAAGAACAACAGUAAUGGCCGCCAACACAAGAACAACAGUAAUGACCACCAACACAAGAACAACAGUAAUGGUCGUCAACACAAGAACAACAGUAAUGGCCGCCAACACAAGAACAACAGUAAUGACCACCAACACAAGAACAACAGUAACGUCAGCCAACACAAGAACAACAGUAACGGCCACCAACACAAGAACAACAGUAAUGGCCACCAACACAAGAACAACAGUAAUGGCCACCAACACAAGAACAACAGUAACGGCCACCAACACAAGAACAACAGUAAUGGCCACCAACACAAGAACAACAGUAAUGGCCACCAACACAAGAACAACAGUAAUGACCACCAACACAGGAACAACAGUACCGACCACCAACACAAGACAACAGUAAUGACCACCAACACAGGAUACCGUUAA